GCUGCGGCCGCUCCGGAGGCGCGGGGCAUGACGCACUUCCGGCGCGUUGCGUGUGUCGGUAGUCGGUGGCGCCGGGGCCGCGGCCCGUCCCGGGUUCUGCCGCCUCCGGGAGGCUUGUGGGAGCUCCUCGGGGAGAAAGCGGCGCCCCGGGCCCUCCCCCGCCGCCAUGCCCGCCGGCGUGCCCUGGCCCACCUACCUGAAGACGCUGGCGGCCAGCAUGCUGGCCAUGUUCGCCGGCGCCGAGGUGGUGCACAGGUACUACCGGCCUGACCUUAGUAUACCUGAGAUACCUCCUAAGCCUGGAGAACUGAGAACAGAACUGUUGGGUCUCAAAUCAAGAUCAAGCGAAGCUCAGACUUCACAACAGUGACUGGAAUUUACUUUUGUGAAAACUAGAACUGAUAAAAUGUUUGUUCAGCUGUCUCAACUGCAAAGUCCACAUGUGAAAUCCUGUACUCCCUUAAUACUUUGUUUCCUUUAAGCAGGGUUACAGGCAGUGUUAAAAUGUACAAUGAAUACUGUUAAAUCCGACUGGUUAUGUGCCAAAAUUAUUACAGCUUCCUAGUGUUGAUUGCAGUGUAAGUAUCUUCAGAAUAAAAGAUAUAAACUCACA